GACGUGCACAACAGAUGUUAAGGUUAAAGCGUUCUAAACUAUUUUAGUUUUCGGCGGUUACUAUUCCUAAAAAAAUGGAAUUUCAGCGAAACGAUGCUAUGCUAAUGGAAAUUCUGCAGGAUCGGAAAACAAUUACCGGUUUCCUGGACUCCAUUUUCGGCUUUCUGCGACGCAACACCGAUUUUUAUCACACAAAACGCGAUGAAUCGGAUAAAAUAGGCUUUCCCAAAGGCGUGAGGGAUCAGAUUCUAUAUGGCGCCAUGCAGCGCUACGAUCCGGAUUGCUUGCUCCAAUCCCUGCCCGCGGAAGGCGGUGCAGAUGAUGGGGAAACGGCUCCGCCUGCCGUCGAAGAAGUGGUUCUGGAAAGCGAAGAUGUUCCUCAGGACGCGGAAAUGAAACCCAUAGAAAGCCAGCCGUCACAAAAAGGGAAAGAACAGUCAAAGUUCUCCCCCAGCGACUACAAAAACGGAGAUGUUUUCGAAUCGCACUGCUGGUCGCAAACCCUGAAGGAAGUGGAGGUGCAGGCUCUGCUUCCCAAGGAUCAUCAAACGGCGAAGAAGCUGCACAUUUCUAUUCAGGCCCAGCACAUCAAAGUGAGCAGCAAGCACAGCCCAGAGACGGUCAUCCUCAAUGGAAACCUGAGCCAGCGGAUUAAACACAACGAGGCGGUGUGGACGAUUGACCAGAACCGAUUGAUCAUAAGUUGCGAUAAAGCAAAGGAGCUCUGGUGGGAGCGGCUCUUCGAAGGUGAUCCAGAAAUCGAUGCAAAGAAGAUUGAAUGCGAACGCUUUAUCAAUGAUUUGCCGGAGGAAACUCAGGCCACCAUAGAAAAGCUUAGGGUCCAGCAGUUGGCAGCAGACAAGCAACAAAAUGAAAUUCAGACCUCAAGCCCCGACCAAGCGAUAACCCUGGAUCGCUUGAAAGCUGCCUGGGAUGCCGAAGGUUCGCCGUUUAAAGGACAGCCCUUUGAUCCUUCUAUCGUAAGAAUGACUUAAAUUUUAAAAUAAAUAUCUAAGCUAGUAAUAACUGAACCAUAUA